UGCCUGCCAAUAGGAGAAACCUUUCUGGUAGACCUAACCAAUGAGAAUCUAGAAGGGCGGGCCUAGAGCAGCUGAUUCCCGAGGCCCGGCGGCAGCAGCUGCUGCUGGGGGUGGGGGGGGGGCGCAGGACCCUGGGGGUCCCGAGCUGGUGCCACGUGUCCCCGGGGGAGCCGGGCCCAGGGACCUCGCAUCCCUGAAGAACCAUGGCAUCCAGAGCUGAACCCACAACUGCAGACCCAGGUCCUAUUACUCUGAUACCUUCUGGGGCUCCCCAACUGGAUGCUAGUGAGGAUUUUGAGGUCCUAGAUGGAGCUGAAGAGGAGGAAGAUGAUGAUGAUCUGAGUGAGCUGCCCCCCUUGGAGGAUCUGGGAGCAGCCCCAAAUGAGGGACCCACUGAAUCUCAUCCUGCAUCAUCUGAAGAGACAGAGCAAUCAGAAUCCCCCCAGGAGGAGUGGCUGGAUAUCUUGGGUAAUGGACUGCUUAAAAAGAAGAUUCUAGUAGCUGCACCACCUGGAGCUGAACGGCCCACCAAGGGUCAGGAUGUGACCGUGCAUCUGAAGAUCUCACUAGAAGAAGAUGGAACACAGGUGGAGGAGCAGCCGAGUAUCACCUUCACCCUGGGAGACUGUGACUUUCUCCAGGCUUUGGAUCUGAGUGUGCAGCUUAUGAAUGUGGGUGAAACAGCCCUGAUCAUCGCAGAUGCCAAAUACUGCUUUGGAUCUCAUGGCAGGAGUCCCACCAUCCCUCCCAACUCAACCCUUCGCCUGGAGGUGGCUCUCCAGACCGCAGUGGAUGGGCCUGACCUAGAGCUGCUGAAUGGGCGAGAGCGUAUCACUCUGGCUGACCACAAACGAGAGUGUGGGAAUGGCCACUACCAGCGUGCUGACUUCGUCCUGGCUGCAAACUCCUAUGACCUGGCACUCAAGGCUAUCAGUGCCAGCUCCAAAGUUGAUGUGAGCCCAGAGGAGGAGGCCGAGUUGUUGGAGCUGAAGGUGAAAUGUCUGAACAACCUGGCUGCCUCACAGCUCAAGCUGGACCACUACAGUGCAGCCCUGCAGUCUUGCAACUUAGCGCUCAGCCACCAACCAGAUAACAUCAAAGCCCUGUUCCGGAAAGGCAAGGUGCUGGCACAACAGGGUGAGUAUGCUGAGGCCAUCCCCAUCCUGAGAGCUGCCCUCAAACUGGAACCUUCCAACAAGACUAUUCAUUCAGAGCUCUCAAAGCUGGUGAAAAAGCAUGCUGCCCAGAGGCACACAGAGACAGCUAUGUACAAGAAGAUGCUCGGCACUGCUGGUGGCAGUGGACUGCCUGCCAAGAGCACCACCAAGGGCCCCCGGUCCAUUCCAUGGAAGUGGCUCUUUGGGGCAACUGCUGUAGCCCUUGGGGGUGUGGCUCUGUCUGUGGUCAUCGCUGCCAGAAACUGAAAACCGGGACAGACGGAUGCUGCCUACUGCCUACCUGGGCUCCCUUGUACCUUCCAGCCCCAGGCCUGCAUCUUCCCCGCCCUUUACCUGUCCCAAAGUCUGACACGCCUCAGCUCAUGUUCCACCUUGGCGAUGACCUAGUAUUAGGUCAGUCUCCAUGAAUGAAUGAAGAGAAUGGACCACCCAGUCAGGGGGCAUCUGUCUCCCUCCCUCUUCAGUCCUCCCCACCAGAGCUGGGCAGAUACCUGGAGGCCAGCUAAAAGAUCUCACAUAGCCCCCCAUGGGCAAGGGGAUGGUAGACCAAUGGAAGUACCUCAAAGGCACCUCAGCACCAGUUCAACUCUCUGGGGGAAUGUUGCAGUGGAGAUGGGGGGUGGGGCUUAGAAGUGGGUAUUUUUCCAUUGCCCACAGGGAAGGGGGAAACUGCUAGUAUUCUUAGGCUCCAGUCACUUGGCCAGGCCUGGAGCUCUUGAACUGGUAUAUGCCCUGAAAGUUUUCUGGCAGGAGCCCAAAGGCCCAGAGAAGACCCGAAGCACUUUCUGCCCCACUCUGGGGGGAAUUUCCUAUCCUUCCUUAGGUUCAGCCUCAGGAUUGCCUGGCAUGGGGCUAGGGUACAUUGUGGACAGGGAAUUGAUUUAUAUUAAGUGGGAGGGGAAUGUGCCCCCUUGCCUUGGCAAAAGCAUCUUCAUGUCCCCAGGCCCUCUGCUCAAUCCAUGCUGCCCCCUGCCUGCAGUGAGCGCAGCCCUCUUCUCACCCCCCACGUUUGAGUUUACUGGACCCAGGUAUGGAGCCUCCUGUUGUCUGAUGGGAAAGCCUAGGAAAUAAAGGUCCCAUCCUGGUC